AUGCGACUUCUCACAGUUGUCCUGCUGCUCCCUCUUCUUAUCAUCUGCCACGAACACAGCCAUCAUCACCACGACGAUGAAGGGAGCGCGGUUUUGACCAAAGUCGGGCUGGAUGAUCAUGAGCUUCACGAACAUGACCACGACCACGACCACGAUCAUAAAAUUUUGCGUUGGGAUGAGAAGAAGAAUCAUUCAAGUCACGAAAAAGUGCCCCAUUCUCAGCUGAGCACACUGAAAGUCUGGGUAUUUUCAUUGUCAGCAGUCAUUGGAAUUUCUCUGGCGCCGUGCACACUUCUUUUCUUCAUUCCGGCUCAGCACGCCAAUGGUCCCUUCCUGAAAAUUCUUCUGGCUUUCGGCGCCGGCGGUCUUCUCGGUGACGCUCUACUUCACAUCAUUCCUCACUCUCUGAACCCACAUAGCCAUGGAGCACACGAUCAUGACCACGCCCAUUCUCAUGAUCAUGCUCAUAACGAUCACUCGCACGAUCAUUCAGAUCAACUUCGUGUCGGAAUCUAUGUGAUCGCUGGAAUCCUAGUGUUCAUGAUGGUUGAGCAGUUGGUUAGAAUUAUCAAAGGAGGUCACUGUCAUUCUCAUGAAAACGGACAUAUAGUGGCAGAUGAGCACAGACACCUAAAUGAUGACCAUCAUCAUCAUCACAAUGGGGAGAAAAAGCAAGAAGUGGAAGGAUUGAAGGACAUCAAAGCCAGUGCCUAUCUAAACUUGGUCGCCGAUUUCGUGCACAACAUGACUGACGGAUUAGCAAUCGGAGCAUCAUUCUCAGCAGGCAGCACCCUUGGAUGGGUCACCACUCUGACUGUUCUCCUCCACGAGUUACCCCAUGAAGUCGGAGAUUUCGCAAUUCUCGUUCAAUCGGGAUUCUCAAAAUAUCAAGCCAUUCGAAUGCAAGCCGUCACUGCGCUUGGAGCCAUCACCGGAUGCAUUUUCUCAUUGCUCAUCUCGAAUCCUGUUUUGAGCGCUGAAGGUGAUACCGGUGCCAUUAUGCCGUUUACAGCUGGUGGAUUCAUUUAUAUUGCCACGGUUUCCGUGAUUCCCGAGCUUUUGGAGUCUGGAGAUCAUAAUAAUAUGUCGAAAGUCGCGAAAAUGGCGCAGAGUUUGGUACAUUUGAUCGCGAUUUGCAUGGGUGUUGGAAUGAUGUAUAUCGUCAGUUUGGUUGAGUGA